CACCAAACUCAACCCACACAAAUUCCAACAAAUAAUUUCAUUAGUUUUUCAUUUCAUCCUCCUCCUCUCUGUCGCCGGAGCUUCGGGGUCGAGAUAAAAAAUGAAGCUCUCGGCUUUACAACACAACUAUCUCAACCGUCGAAGCAACAGCUUCAGAUCAUCAAUGCCGUUGAAUUUUUCUUCCGACUGCGCCAUAAAAUCACCCGCCGGUAUUUUCUGGCUCGUCCUUCAUGGUCUCUCUUGCUUAAUUAGCUUGGUCCUCGGCUUCCGUUUCUCUCGCUUGGUCUUCCUUUUGUUCUCCACUUCCUCCACCAACUUCUACACGUCGCCAUUUCAAUCCUCUUCCGAGCUCGCCAAAACGCUAGAUUUUCACUCCGUUCUGCUCACCAACCCCGUCGGUAACUUCCCCUUACCUCCGCUUAACAAUACGGCAACUAAUUCGCAUGUGGUUGUCGGGCGGCACGGGAUCCGGAUUCGGCCGUGGCCGCACCCGAACCCGGUCGAGGUCAUGAAGGCGCACCGGAUUAUAGAAAGAGUUCAAAAGGAGCAGAGGUUGCAAUUCGGUAUGAAGGAUCCCAGGAAAAUCAUCGUGGUCACACCGACGUAUGUACGGACUUUCCAAGCGCUGUAUAUGACCAGUGUCAUGCACGCGCUAAUGCUGGUCCCUUACGAUCUAGUUUGGAUCGUUGUGGAAGCUGCUGGCAUCAGCAACGAAACGGCGUCGCUUAUUGCCAAAUCCGGUUUGAAAACCAUUCACAUUGGGUUCAAUCAACGGAUGCCAAAUUCCUGGGACGAACGACAUAAACUGGAGUCCAAAAUGCGUCUUCGUGCUUUAAGGAUUGUAAGAGAGAAGAAAUUGGAUGGAAUUGUUAUGUUUGCGGAUGAUAGUAACAUGCACAGUAUGGAACUUUUUGAUGAGAUCCAAAAUGUGAAAUGGAUCGGGGCAGUUUCGGUUGGAAUACUUGCAAACUCGGCUAAUUCCGAUGAGAUGGCUGAUCAGAAGAAAGAGGAAGAGGAGAAUCCUCCAAUGCUGGUUCAGGGUCCGGCUUGUAACACGUCCAAUAUGUUGGCAGGGUGGCAUACGUUUAAUGCGUCACCAUUCGCUGCAAAAAGUUCAGUUUAUAUUGACGGCGGAGCAACCAUGCUGCCGAGGAUGUUGGAGUGGUCGGGGUUUGUGUUGAAUUCUAGAUUGCUUUGGAAAGAUGGAGAUAAGCUGGACUGGAUUAAUGGCAUCGAUCCAUUGGAUGCUGAUAUUGAGAAUCCAUUAGGUUUGGUUAAAGACCCUUCGGUGGUGGAACCACUUGGAAGCUGUGGACGUCAAGUUUUGCUCUGGUGGCUUCGAGUUGAAGCUCGUGCUGAUAGCAAGUUCCCUUCUAGAUGGAUAAUAGACCCACCCUUGGAGAUAACAGUUCCGUCGAAACGCACUCCAUGGCCAGAUACUCUCCCCGAACUCCCUUCUAAUGGAAAGCCAGUGACAAGCCUCCAAGAGCCAACCGUCAAGCAUACUACAAAGAUACAAACAUUCAGAUCAAAACGUCUAAGUAAAAGAAAGGAUGAUGAAGCAAGAGCGGACAGACGCACAGAGGCGUUUUGAACAAAACUAAAAUCAUCAGCUGGGAAUCUAUACUAUGCCCAAGUUGGAACUGCUGCACCGAGAAAUUAGAGUAACAAGGGGAGAAUGCAGAUGGUCUUUCGGGGUGUUGGGUACAUAUGGAUAAGCACCUCUCACUACAGGCGAUUUUAUACAUACAUCUAUCUUAUGUUCCUCUUGAAUUUCGACUACCUUUUUCCUUUUUCUCUUUCUAUCUAUAGUUUCUUGGGGUGCUUGAUUAUCUGCUUCAUUGAGGAAGUAUGUAAGCUGAGUCGUUGGUUUUCUUUCUUUCUUUGAUUUUACACAUUUAUACAUAAAUCUUGAACUAGGGAGUAUCAAGUACACGCUGUUGGGAAA